AUGAAUGCUCUUUUAUUGCAAGAUGGUACUUUUGAUGAAUUAUGGUCUGCCCUUGCUAGUAUGGGUCCUUAUAAAGCUCCAGGGCUGGAUGGUUGUACUCCUUUAUUCUUUCAGUCUAAUUGGGAGGUUCUGAAGAGCGAUAUUCUUCGAUGUUUCAAUGACUUUGUUCAUGGUGAUCUGAUGCCUCAUUCUCUUAAUUCUACCAAUCUUGUUCUUAUCCCGAAAGUGCCCCAUCCUACUUCUAUGUCUAAUUUCCGUCCUAUUGCUCUGUCCAAAAAGUCUGGAGAUUUAUGUUUUAAAGCCCUCAAGUUGGAUAUGGCCAAGGCCUAUGAUCAGGUUAGUUGGGCUUUUUUGGGCAAAUUUCUUGGUCACUCAGGGUUUGAUCUGCGAUGGGUUUCUUUAAUGAUGGAGUGCAUUAGUUCUGUCUCGUAUUCAGUUCUGAUUAAUGGUGAGAGGAGAGCUAAUUUUAUUCCCUCCAGAGGUCUUCGGCAGGGAGAUCCACUAUCUCCAUUUCUGCUUCUUUUUUGUUCUGAAGGUCUUUCUCUUUUGUUCAAUGCUUUUGCUCAGCCUUCUCAAUGUUUGGGUCUUAAGGCAGGGAGGGGAUGUCCUUUGAUUUCUUAUCUCUUAUUUGCGGAUGAUGAGCUUAUAUUUUGUCGUGCCAGAGAUUUUGAGGUCCAGCGGGUUACAUGUAUUCUUGAUCGCUAUGCCUCUUUGACGGGUCAAUUGAUUAAUUUGGCGAAAUCUAGUUUGUUUUUUUCCCCUAAUACUUCCUCUUCUCAGAAGGAGUCUUGUCGGCUGUUGUUGGGUAUUCACACUGUGGACUGGCAACAUACUUAUCUUGGACUUCCCUCCUUUUUGGGACGUUCUAAGACUGUGGCCCUUAAUUUCCUAUCUACAAAGCUAUCUGCCAAGGCCAGUUGUCUAAAGGGUUCCAUGAUGUCUAAAGCGGGUCGUGAAGUCCUUCUAAAAUCCGUUCUCUCAACUAUUCCGGUCUUUUCCAUGCAAUGUUUUCGUCUUCCGAAGAAGAAUUGCCAAGUAUUGUCUAGUCAGCUUCUUAACUUUUGGUGGAGUGGCGUGAAGUGGUCCAAUAAAAUUAAAUGGAUUAGUUGGUCUCGUUUGUGUUCAUCCAAGGUAGAGGGUGGUUUGGGUUUUCGCGAUGUGAAAGCCUUUAACAUGGCUCUUUUAGCCAAGAUCGCUUGGAGGAUGGAGAUUGGUGAUAACUCUUUACUUUUUAAGACCUUCAAGCCUAAGUAUUUCAAAAACUGCAGUUUUGUGGAGUCCUUGGCUCGCUCUAAUGCUUCGUGGGUUUGGAAAAGUAUUUCUUCGGUUAAGGAGGUGAUUCAGAAAGGGAUGAAAUGGCGCAUAGGGGAUGGUGAGCGGGUAUAUUGCUGGGUUGAUAAUUGGUUGCCGGAUCCUUUCAAUCCGGCUGUUUCUUCCAACCCUAGUGCUCUGCCUUUCUCUCUGGUUGCUGAUUUGUUAUUACCUUCUAUUCCAAGCUGGAAUGUGGCGCUGGUUGAUCGUUGUUUUAAUCCUCGGGACCGUGACCUUAUCCUUCAAAUCCCAUUGAGCUUUUUUCGGCGGCCGAAUAAUAAGGUCUGGGGUGCCUCUUUGCAUGAUGGUUUUUCUGUUAAAAGUGCCUAUCGCAUUGCUUUAUCUCUUCUACACCCUUCAAUGUCACUUCCCUCGGAAACUGGUUCCAGUUUUGCUGCCAUUUCUAGUAUUAUGUGGCGUAAUGUGUGGAAGAUUAAGGCUCAUCGUAAGAUUAUUCUCUUUCUUUGGCAGUGUAUGCAUGAUCGAAUUCCGGUUAAUUCCCAACUUGCGGUUAGGGGGGUUUCAUCUCCUCCUGAAUGUCAUUUUUGUGCUUCGGAGGUGGAGACUGUGGACCAUCUUCUUUGUACUUGUGCUUUUGCUAAUUUGGUUUGGAAAUUUUGUCCGCUUCGGAUUGAAUUCUCCUUUCCCAUUCCCACUGUUUGGAAAAAGCGGUGGUUUAAUUUAUGUGACCGUUGGUCGUCCUCAGCUAGUGCCUCUGAUUAUACGAGUUUAGCAGCGUUUGAAGUCAGUCGUCAAAAUAAUCUUCUUCUGUUGCCGGUCCCACCUGUUCAGAUUCCUCUUGCUGUAUGGACAGCCCUAGCUUCAGGUGGUUUUAAACUGAAUUUUGAUGCGGCAUUUAAUUCAGCUCGUAAUUUUUGUGGAGGUGGGGCGAUUCUCCGGGAUCAUCUUGGACGGCCUGUUAAAGUUGCUUCCUUUUUCAUGAUGCAUGUGUCCUCUCCUUUGAUGGCUGAAUCUCUUGUUUUGAGGGCCUCUCUUUUACUUUUGCACUGCUGGGGAUACAGGAAUGUGGUCGUUGAAGGCGAUUGUAAAUCUGUCAUGCACUUACAAGUCUCCGCGGAGGGUCAGGUGAUGAUUUUUCAUGAUAUUUGUACUUUACUUUCCCUUUGUUUUGGUUCAUCUCUUGUUUGGAUUCCUUGUGGAGGAAAUGAUGUAGCUCAUCUUUUGAGUAAAAAGGCUCUGGAAGCCGAAUGUGGUGAUUUGGAGUGGAGCAUAUGGCCCCCGUGGUUGCUAAAUGCUCUACUCCCUUCUUGUUCUUUUUCUUCUUCUAUGAUUCAACGAUUUGGCCUUGGGGCCGUGGAGAGACCUAGCUGCAGUGUCGUAGGUGCAUGUGGCGGCGGCGGCGGAAUUGAAGGUGCCGAGCCAAACUCAGGUCUUCUUCCAGGGGUCUCUGAUCUUUACGGCAAAUCGGCCCCACGGCCACUUUCGCACGUCGUCAUGGUCUGA